AUGGCUUCAAAUGCCUCAGAAGCUGGAAGUCCAAUUGUUAGUGGAGGUGAUGAGACCAUUGGUACUACUUCUACACAUACUGGGGGAUCCCAGUCUGAGCUUCCCAAUCCCACUAAUGAUAGUGGUAAUGGUGCUGCUGCAGCACCUACUGGUGUAAUGGAGAGUGAACGACCAACACGUUCUAAUGAUACUGAUAUUCUUGAUUCAAGUGGGCUUAAGAGUGAUGUUUGGCCGCAUUUCAAGAGGAUUUUGAAAGAUGGGGUUGUCAGAGCCGAAUGCAUACGAUGUAAGAAUAUCAGUAUCAUUAGAUGGCUUGGAAACAAUUGA